ACAAGUUAACGUCAGUACAACUUUCAAGUUCAUAUUUUAAAAAUAACGGUAGAAAUACCGGGCUGCUGAGAAUACAAAACACUAAACAUAAAGUGCCAUUAGGAAAAAUAAAUAUAUUUUAUCAUGAAUAUACGUUGACUAUUAUUUAAUUAAGCAACAUGGAGCCGUCAAAAGAAGCUAUUGCAGUACGAAUUACUCGGAUAAAUCGACAGAUAACAGGAAAGUUUACGAGUGGUUCAAAUAAAUUAAACAAAAAGAUAGACCGAGAGACUCUUUUGGACGCUAUUACAGUUUUAUACGAUGAAUGCAAUGACGAUCCAGUUAAGAAAAAUGAUGAAUUUGUGCGAGCUUUUGUGGAUAAGUAUCGUAGUUCCUUGGCUGAAUUGCGUCGCGCUCGAGUAUGCUAUUCAGAUUUUGAAUUGGUACAAAUUAUUGGGAGAGGUCACUUUGGUGAAGUACAUAUGGUACGAGAAAAAGAAACCAGUGAUGUGUAUGCAUUGAAGAUUUUACGUAAGGAGGAAGCUCGGAAGCGAGUGGCAAAUGGUGCAGAGGAUGAACGGGAUGUUUUAGCUAAUGCUACUGGUCCAUGGAUACCAAAGUUGCAAUAUGCUUUUCAGGAUAAUAGCAAUUUGUAUUUAGUAAUGGAGCUGUGCAAUGGUGGUGAUUUAGCAGGACUGAUUGCGAGACGCAACCAUCCUCUAACGGAAAGAGAUGCUGCAUUUUAUAUCGCAGAAGUCGCACACGCACUUAAAACAUUACAUGGAAUGGGCUAUGUUCAUCGAGAUAUAAAACCACAAAAUAUUCUUCUUGAUCGAUGUGGUCACGUGAAGAUCGGCGACUUCGGAUCGUGCGCGCGGCUGUCGGAGGGCGCGGCGACGAGCGCGGCGGCGGGCACGCCGGACUACGUGGCGCCGGAGCUGCUGGCGGCGGCGCAGUGCGCGCACACCGUCUGUCUCGACCACUGCCGCCCGCACGCUCACACCGCUAUUUCAGCAUGUGACUACUGGUCGCUGGGCGUGGUGGCCUUCGAGCUGGUCACACUGAAGAGACCCUUUUCAUCCGGAGAUGAUGACUCGCUGCCGGAGAUUUUGGCUAACAUACAGAGGUACGGCAGUAAGAAAGACGCGGAGCCCCCUUUCGAGGAGGUCCCACAGGGCCCCUCUGCGGCCUGGAGGUCGCUAGUGCGCGGCCUGCUGCGCGUCGCCCCCGCCUCGCGAUUCUCCUACCUGGACACCCUGCAGCACCCCGCACUGGCGCAUCUCAAACUGCAUUCUAUACGAGAUCACGCGCCGCCGUGGGUGCCGCACCUGCGCGGGGCGGAGGACGCGUCAUACUUCGCCCCCCCGCCGCGCGUCCCGCCGCCGCCCUCCGCACUGCCCUUCCGCUCGCGACCGCCCUUUGCAGGACAACUGCCCUUUGUUGGAUAUUCGUUCGUGGCGUGCAAUAAUCAUGACGAUAGUACUGGCGGUUUCAACGCCUCUCACGACUGCACCGCCAUCGAUCUCGCUACUUUCAAAUCAGCGGAGAAGCUGGCGGCGAUGCGCGGGCGCGAGGUGGCGUCGCUGCAGCGGCGCGUGGCGGAGGCGGAGGCGGCGGCGGAGGCGGCGGCGGGCGCGGCGGGCGAGCGCGCGCGGCGGGACGCGGAGGCGGAGGCGGAGCGCACGCGCGCCAAGCUGCAGGCCGACAUCACCGCGCUCAGUCUGCAGAACAAACGUUUGGAGCGUCAAGUGGAGGUCGAAAAAGAAGAACGUAUGGCGCUGCAGCGUACGAACCAGGAGUUAUCCUCUGGUAUCAUAGAGCGGAGCAACUCUGAACUGAGAGUUGCGCAGACACAUGUCAUCGAGCUGCAAGCAGAGCGAGACUCUAUAAAAGGAGAAUUGAACACACUGCAGAUGAAGUAUUCCGAACUUCAAGCUGAGAAUGCAAGGAAUAACAACGCGGUGGAAGCCGCACGCGCACAAGAGAAACAUUAUAAGGAUAUAAUACAUCAGGCACAAGAGCUAAGACACAGAAGGCUCACUGAAAUCAAUGUGCGCGCUAUUGAUACGAUAGCGAAGGAGCGGAUGCUGCGGCGGCAGACGCUGAGCGGCGGCGAGGCGGAGGCGGCGCGGCUGGCGGCGGCCGAGGCGGGCGCGGCCAAGGAGGCGCGUCUGCGGGCCCGCGCUGAGGCCAAGCUGGCCGCCGCUGACGCUGAGGCUGACUCGCUCAGGGCAGAGCUGGAUGUAGUCAGGGCACAACUGGCAACCGCACAGGAGACAUUAAGUGCUCGACGACGCACCUCCACCGCGGCGACGCAUCAACUGAACGAAGUUCAACAGCAGCUAGAAGAGCAACGUGCGCAGAACAAGGCCCUGCUAAUACAAGUGCAGGAGUUGGAGCGCAGCGUGCAGGAGGCGGCGCGGCGCGAGGCCUCGCUGGAGGAGCAGAGCGCGCGCACCGAGGCCCGGCUGCGGGAGAAGCUGGAGGAGGCGGAGACCAGGGCCACCGCCGCCUUGCAGGACGACUCGCGCAGGAGGGAGAAGGUGAACGGUCUAGAGCAGCUAGUGCGUCAGCUAGAGCGCGAGGUGAGCGCGCUCGAGAAGCGUUCGUGCGCGGCGUGCGCGGAUCGCGAGCGCGAGCGCGAACACGAACGCGAACAUGAGCACGAACGUGAGCACGCGGACGUUGAAAGCGAGCGAGCACGCGACUGCCGCAGCGACACCGAGAGCGUAGCGGACGGGCACGCGCACUCGCACGCCCAGCUCGCCGUGCUGCGCGAACAGCUCGAACGCGCAGAGGCUCAGUUGCAGGCUCGCGCUGACGAAAUAGCGACAUUACGACAGGAAACGAGGGCUGCUAAUCUAGCUAAAUGGAGAAAGGAACGUGAAUACAACGAGCUAUCAGUGGAAUCGAAGUCGACCGCUCGGGAACUAAAACGUUUGGAGGAACGUCUAACACUAGCUCAAGAAGCGCGCAAAACGAGCGAACAGAAAGCAUGCACCUUGCUGAGUGAACUCAAUACGUUACGGCCGCAGCACCAGCGUGCUACCUCCGACCUUGAUAACUUGAGGCAACAGCUCGGCAAACUGAAGCAGGAACACGAAGUCGUACAGACUGAAGUCGACAGGUCUCGCAACGAUAUUCGCAAGUUAAAGAGUGAGCUGCAGUACAGCGAGAAGCGGCGGCUGCACGCCGAGGAGCAGGAGGAGCUGUCGAGCCGCGAGCGCGCGCAGCUUAGGGACGAGCUGACUGCGCUGCGUACACACAACAACGACCUUAUGACCAAUAACAAAGCUUUGCAAGAGGCUUGUACGUUACUGGAGGAUCAGUUGACGGAAUUAGAGAAAUUAACAGAUUUACAUGAAGUGAAAAAUAAAGAUCUCGAGAGCGAGACGCAGCGCAUGCGCGGGGAGCUGGAGGCGUGCCGCGCGCGGCUGCAGGCGGCGGAGCGCGCAGCAGCGGAGCGCGCGGCGGCCGCGGGGCUGGCGGCGCAGCGCGGCGAUGAGGCACGCGAGCACGCCAGGCUCGCCAACACACAGCUGCAGCUGCUAAGGGAGCGGCUGGAGAGUCGCGAGGCGCGCGUGGCGGAGGUGGAGAGCCGGCUGGCGGCGCUGGAGGGCGAGCGCAGCGCGGCGGCGGCGGCGCUGGGCAGCGCGGCGCGCCGCGUGCGCGACCUGCAGGAGGAGAGCGCGGCGCUGCGCACGCGCGCGCACCACCACCACGCGCACGCGCUGCAGUUGCAGGCCAGCCUCGCAGACGCACAGGAGGAAGCGGCGGCGGCGCGCGAGGCGAGCGAGGCGGCCAGCGCGUGGUGGCGCACGCGGGAGACCAAGGCGGACGCCACCAUACGGCAGCAGGCCAAGCUCAUUGACUUCCUGCAGGCCAAAGUGGAAGAGGCCAAUCGCAAGAAAUGUUCACUGAGCAACAAGUUGUUUGGGCGGUCGGGGCGCCGCGCCGCCGCCUCGCCACCGCUCAUGAGGGUUAACAGAGAGCUGCGCGAUGAAGUUGAGCGUCUUCGAGCAAAACUAGCUGCUAACGAUAUUCCACCAACACCGAAACGAGAAAAAGCAAUUGAGAAUCCAAAGAAACUAGUCAAUGGUAUAGGAAAUAUGGAUCUAUUAAAUGGGUUUAAUAAUGAAGACGUGUCGGAACCGUCACUGCUUAUUGUAUGGUCCGACGGCAGCCGGGAGCGCAUGAGCGCGCGCUGCGAGGAGGCGGCGCUGCUGAAGUCUCCCGCCGCCACUUCAGAGUUCGACUCCGACACGGAGACUGACAACGAGCACAGCUCCGCCAAGGGCACCGCCGACCUUUGCGCUGAAAUGUUCGCGAGACAAGUCAGGUUUAAAUAG